AUGGAUUGCACCAUGACUUCGGCUACUCCAUGUAAAGAAAAGCUCGAGUUCAUGGCAUGUCUGAAUUUGGUAUCUACAUCAUCUAUAAAAGAAAUCCAAACUCGAAAGUCAGAGAGAAAGAGGAAAAGCACAGCCAAUCCACAGUUUUGUUACUUUGAACAGGAGCCAAGCAGUAGGCAUGAGGACAGUUGUUCAGUGUGUCAGAGGAGUGGCGAGUUGUUGAUGUGUGACAACUGCAGCCUCAUGUACCACCUGCAAUGUAUCCACCUGAUGGCCGUCCCCAGCGGACACUGGACAUGUCCAAAGUGUUUGUCCGGCAGCAAGAGAGCUGGCAUCACGACGGGAAUGAUUGCUGAUGACUGGACAGGCAACAUAGCUCUCAUCCAUUCGUACGUCAUGCUCAAAACCGCCAAGGAGGAAGAGAAGAAGAAACUGAGUACGUUGUUGUGUGAGCUUGUUGGGAGGAAAAAAAUGCUGGAGUUGGAGGUGGAUCAAAUUAAAGAAAAUUUCUUGGUUGGAAUAAUUCGUUUGGAAACUAACUAUUCAGUAGUGAUUUAA